GAGGGCUGCUUGGAGCUGAAGACUGUCAGGCUCCUCCAUGAGUGAGGUGUGGCUGAGAGGAAGCCAGUGCGGAACGGAAGCUGCGGGCUGCAGCUGGGGUAAACAUUUCGCCCUUGGGCUGCCCUGCUGGAGGCUCUGCGGGCGCGGGCGGAGGAGCAACAGGAAGGCAGCUGUGCUCCAGGGAGAGCCCUGGAGAGGGACCAGGGAGCAUGGACAGCCACGAGCAGACGGCCGAGACCCUGCUGCGCCUGACACCCGCUCAAGUGGCAGAUCUCAAGGAGGGGCUCAACUUCUUUCGCAAUAAGAGCACUGGCAGGGACUUCAUCCUUUACAAGAGCGACAGCCGCCUGCGGGCCUGCAGGAACAGGUGCAAGCACCAGGGCGGCCUCUUCAUCAGGGACAUGGAGGACCUGGAUGGCAGGUCCGUGAAGUGCACGAAGCACAACUGGAGGCUGGACGUGAGCACCAUGAAGUACAUCAACCCCCCGGGGAGCUUCUGCCAGGACGAGCUCGUUGUUGAAAUGGAUGAAAACAACGGACUUUUACUUCUAGAGCUGAACCCUCCUAACCCCUGGGAUUCGGAACCCAGAGCGCCUGAGGAGCUGGCUUUUGGGGAAGUGCAGAUAACGUAUCUCACUCACGCCUGCAUGGACCUCAAGUUGGGAGAUAAGAGGAUGAUAUUUGACCCUUGGCUAACUGGCCCCGCUUUUGCCCGGGGAUGGUGGCUGCUCCACGAGCCUCCAUCGGAUUGGUUGGAGAGGCUGUGCCGAGCAGACCUGGUGUACAUCAGUCACAUGCACUCGGACCACCUGAGUUAUCCUACACUGAAGAAGCUUGCCAGGAGAAGGCCAGAUAUCCCCAUUUAUGUUGGGAACACGGAAAGACCUGUCUUUUGGCACCUGGCUCAGAGCGGCGUCCGGUUGACUAACAUCAACGUGGUGCCAUUUGGAAUAUGGCAAAAGGUAGACAAAAACCUUCGGUUCAUGAUCUUGAUGGAUGGCAUUCAUCCUGAGAUGGACACUUGCAUUAUUGUGGAGUACAAAGGUCAUAAGAUUCUGAACACGGUGGACUGCACCCGACCCAACGGGGGAAGGCUGCCGGAGAAGGUUGCUCUGAUGAUGAGUGACUUCGCUGGAGGAGCUUCAGGCUUUCCGAUGACCUUCAGCGGUGGAAAGUUUACUGAGGAGUGGAAGGCCCAGUUCAUCAAGACGGAGAGGAGGAAGCUGCUGAACUACAAGGCCCAGCUGGUGAAGGACCUGCAGCCCCGAGUCUUCUGCCCCUUCGCGGGGUAUUUCGUGGAGGCCCACCCCGCAGACAAGUACAUUAAGGAAACGAACAUCAAAAACGACCCGAACGAACUCAACAAUCUCAUCAAGAAAAACUCCGAGGUGGUAACGUGGACGCCGCGACCCGGAGCCGUCCUCGAUCUGGGGAGACUGCUCAAGGACCCGGCAGACAGCCAGGGCAUCGUGGAGCCACCAGAGGGGACGAAAGUUUACAAGGAUUCCUGGGACUUCGAGCCGUACUUGAAAAUCUUGAAUGCUGCUGUGGCAGACGAGAUUUUCCUUCACCCCUCCUGGAUAAGAGAGUACUUCACAUGGGCCGGAUUUAAGGAGUACAACCUCGUGGUCAGGAUGACAGAGACGGACGAGGACUUCAACCCGCUUCCUGGGGGCUACGACUACUUGGUGGACUUUCUAGACCUGUCCUUCCCGAAGGAAAGGCCACAGCGGCAGCACGCCUACGAGGAGAUCCGCAGCCGCGUGGACGUCGUCAGACACGUGGUACGCAACGGGCUGCUCUGGGACGACUUGUACAUAGGCUUCCAGACCCGGCUCCGGCGGGACCCCGACGUGUACCACCACCUGUUUUGGAAUCAUUUUCAAAUAAAACUCCCGCUAACGCCACCCAACUGGAGGGCGUUCCUGAUGCACUGUGGGUAGAGCAGUCGCGGGACGUCCCAGGAUCUUGGGCACGCACGCACACACGCCCGGUUUGAGUUUGAAGCCACCGUGUCCGGGACGCGAACCGCGGUCAACUACGUGGGAGUCCAGCGACACAGCCAUUAUGCUAACUGCUGGUUCCCUGGAGAUGUGGUCUUAUUAGCCGAAUUAGAAAACCUGUUUGAACAGGCUGGUGGUGAACAGCAAGUCCUCGGCUUGGGCACUGCCUCACACGUGCACUCACGUUCCCUGCAGGCGGCUCUCACCGCGUCGGGCUGCAGUAGUCUCCCCCAGCGGACGCUGGGUUUAAGAGCAGAGCCUGUGCCUGGGACACCCAGCACGCACACGACCGUUCAUCGCACGUACUGCAGCAACGUCGUCUCCCACUGUCAGCGUGACUCGCCUCUUAACAGAGGCUUCCGAGUCUUUACCAGUGAGAUCAAGGGUCAGAUGGGAAACCUUUCCACCCUCUCCAGUUACGGGGGUCUUCGGUCGGUGUUCUAGACUAGCAGGAGGCGCUGGGCCGGAUCUCGUGGGUGACGAGUCCCAGCUAGAGGGAGUGCAGAGGGAGGACACGGACACGCCGCUGCACCACGGGCAGGUGCUCCCGAGCUCGGCGUCUGCUUCGCGGAGACGGAAGACAGGACGCUGGCAUCUCAUGUUACGACAGGAUCAGGAGGAGGGUGCUGGGGACACAGUAUUCUGGGUGGUGAGGGGAGAGUGGUUUAAAAUUGGGUAAAGAUUUUUUUCUUUUUAAUUUGUUUCUUCUAAGAAACGAGGAACAGUCACCGUGGGGGGCGGGGCGCUUUCUCACUUUCCCUCUCUCGCUCUCUCUGCUGAGCACACGUGCCCUACAGCAAAAACCCAACUUCAUCAAUAAGUAACAAUGCGUAGCUACAUGACAACAACAAUAGGUAACAGUGCACAGCUACAUGACAAUAACAAUAAAUAACAAUGCAUAGCUACAUGACAACAACAAUAAAUAACAAUGCAUAGCUACACUACAACAACAAUAAAUAACAAUGCACAGCUACAUGACAACAACAAUAGGUAACAGUGCACAGCUACAUGACAAUAACAAUAAAUAACAAUGCACAGCUACAUGACAAUAACAAUAAAUAACAAUGCAUAGCUACAUGACAACAACAAUAAAUAACAAUGCAUAGCUACAUGACAAUAACAAGUAACAAUGCAUAGCUACAUGACAAUAACAAGUAACAAUGCAUAGCUACAUGACAAUAACAAUAAAUAACAAUGCAUAGCUACAUGACAACAACAACAAUAAAUAACAAUGCACAGCUACAUGACAAUAACAAUAGGUAACAAUGCACAGCUACAUGACAAUAACAAUAAGUAACAAUGCAUAGCUACAUGACAAUAACAAUAAAUAACAAUGCACAGCUACAUGACAAUAACAAUAAAUACACACCUCAGUAAGUAACUCAGGAGGGGGUGCCACGGUUCCACACUUCCCCGGGGGCCUUCCCGCUCACAGAACAGCUUGGACUAAAGAAUAAGGGGGAGAACUGGUCCCCAGGCAGGAAGGACUGGAGAGUGCUGACGUGACAUUCACUCUGUGCCGUACUCCUCCUAUUGCUCCUCACAGGGAGGCAAAGCAAGGCGAAGAAUUCGAGAAGCUUCUGGUGGUACCUCUUGAACACGAGACGUUGAUACCAAAGACUGCGCUUUCUGACGUCGGCCAUGGGUCAGGCCCGUUGCCCUGUGGAAUGUUGGCCUGACUCACAGUCACGGAUCACUACACGGCCAGAUUGAAAAUAUUCAACUUGUCCCCCAGCCAUAAUCCUUAGAAGCACCAAGGAAUCCAAUCAAAAAAAGAAAAAAAAAAAAAACUCCAUGAAAAACG